UUGCAGUUUGAGCGACACUUUGACAGCCAUCGUUUUUUCUUUUUUAUUUUAUUUUUUAAAUAUAAAUCAUGAUAUCCAAAAAUAAUAGUGAAGGAAAUAGUGAACAAAUGCACGAAGAAGCUCUCCUGACAAGGAAGUACCUGAAAAAUGCACUGAUGAACAGUAAAACAUCAAUUUCUGGGCAUGAAGAGCAGAGGCGUCAAGUUGAAGAACUUUUCCGGAAGGUUGCCGGCGAUGGGGAGUCAAAUUCUGCCAUUCUCAUCGGUCAGAGAGGCUCUGGGAAGACAACACUUAUUGCUUCGAUCCUGAUGGAUCUUUUGGGAGAGAAUUGGUUUACUGAAAAUACAAUGAUCGUGUACCUCAAUGGAUUGAUCCACACAGAUGACAAGCUCGCUCUGGCUUCUAUCGCUGUCCAAUUGAAGCUAGAGAACACCGUUGAUGGAAAAGUAUUUGGUUCUUUUGCAGAGAACCUCGAAUUCUUGCUGUCUUCCCUGAGGAGAGGAGACAAGAAGCAUUCAAAGAGCGUUAUCUUCCUCCUGGAAGAGUUUGAUCUCUUUUGUUCCCAUCACAAUCAGACCCUCCUGUACAAUCUCUUCGAUGUGAGUCAGUCUCCUCAGGUGCCAGUUUGUGUUUUGGGAACAACUUGUCGGAUGGACGUGAUGGAAUUGCUGGAGAAAAGAGUGAAAUCUCGCUUCUCUCAUCGGCAGUUCUUCCUCUUUCCCACAUCUAAUGAUCCCGAACGGAGAAUCUCAUCCUUCAGGGAGUAUCUCAUGCUUCCGACAAAGAAAAAUCUCCCUGUGAAUGCCAGGAGACAUCUUGAGGAUGAUAAUCCUUGUGAAUUCAACUUUCUGAGGCUCAAACUUGAUGAGACCCCUUGCAAAGUUUCCGGGAAGUGGAUUCAAGACUGGAAUAAGCAUAUUCAGGAUCUCUCAGCGAAAGAAGAGAUCCGGCGUUGCCUGAAAGCAAUGUACGAGAUCGACAUCUCUGAACAGGCAUUCAAAACCUUCCUGAUGGAGAUCAUAUCAAUGAUUUCCCCUCACAAACCAAUCCUCAAUGAGACUGACGUUCUGAGCGUGAUGAAGAAGUAUCUUGCGGAUGAGAAGAUUCUCAUUCUCAGAGAUCUCUCUGUGAUGGAGUUCUGCCUUAUAAUCUCCAUGAAGCAUCACUGUGAGAUCUAUGAUCGUGAUCCCUUCAAUUUUGAGAUGAUUUACGAUCGCUUCGUAAAGUUUGCCAACAGCACAAAGUCUGUGCAACACUGGAGCCGAAAUGCCAUGUUCAAGGCUUUUGAAUUUAUAGCUCAGCAGGAACUAAUUGCUCCAAUUGGCCAAGGAGCAAAGAUUCAGAAGGAGUUUCAAAUGUAUCGAUUAGUAUUGACAUUUGGACAGAUUGCAGAAGCAACAAAAACCUAUCCUGGACUUCCGACAGAUAUUGGACAAUGGGCACAGAGUUCUUUGGUAUAAAAAGGCAUGGUAAGUUAUGGCAUGUGAAAACAUGUAUUUAAAUUGUUUGUAAAAUCAAUAAUAAUUCGUACACUUUGAUAAAAAAUCUCUUAUCACAUAAAAUGCAAUAUCUAAAAUAUUUGGAAUGAUGAGUGUAAAAAGUGAGCUGCAAGUCAGCAAUAAUGGAGGAAAAAUGGGGAGCAGGACUUUUGGCAGAAUGUAUGUUUGUGAGGGGAUUUGUGGGAAAGUGCGAGUGAAUGAUGAUUUGUGGCACAGAAUUACGUAGAGGUGACUCCCUUGCGAGCCACUAGGAGAUUCAGCACAGGAUUCUUCCGGAUGUAGCUGACAGCCUUCUUGUGGGUCACCAUUGUGAAGUCAUAGCCGUUGCACUGGAGGAUCUUAUCAUGGAUCCGAAGGCCUGCCUUUGCAGCCGGACUACCUUCAUGGACUUCCGUCACGUAAAUGCCCUGUAAGAACAUGGAAGAUUCUAAGGUCUAGCAUUCUGGAAAUUUUUCCUUCGCCAUUGUUUUUUUCUUCUAAGUUUACUGUUUAAUAACCGAUUUAAACCGAUUCUGAUUCCUGAUUUCCCAGUAUGAUCAUCGUAAUAUCCAUUUCGUCCAAUAGUAAACCGGUUCCAUCAUACCCUUUCCCACCUUUCUACUCCCAAAUCUGAAGAAGAAGUCAUCAAACCCCAAAACGUUGGCAAGGACUACUAGGGAAUAAGUACCAGGUCAAAAUUCCGUGUUUCACUCAUUCCUUGUUGUUGCCUCAGGGUUACAUUAUCUUCUGAAUCACUUACAGGAAUGAAGGAUAUUGCAUCGAACAGCAAAGGAGUUUUAAAGCAGAGGAAGCAACAAGCAACUGAUUCUUUACUUAUAAAAACGGAAGCAAAGUACUACCUCAGUAAGUUCUCUAAAUGAAAUAUGAUUACUUUCUUUUAAGUUCCAGGGCAUGCAAAUAUCUCAGGAAAUGAGAUUACGGAGAGGUCAUCAAAACUCGGAAUCAAGAGUCCUUUCAUAGGGCCCAAAUCCCCAAAAGAGGUGUGUAAGUAAACAUGCCAACACAGUAAAGUAGGGUCGUUCUCUACAACCUCACUGUGGCAAUGUCCGUUAUAUUCGAAGGUGACAAGUAGCGACAGGAGUGGUGUACCCACCCAGUAGCGAGAGUAAAACUUACAUGUAAGUGAUAGUGAUUGUAAGGAUCCGUGUAAGCCUUACUUUUAAACGACAUUUAAGUCAUGUGAAAGCUUUACAAAUUUAUUGCUUUCAAAAUAACUAACAUGUAUGGUAUAUGAAAGUAUACACUGUCAUGUAAGGAAUAAAUAAGUCACAGUGUAAGGCUUUCUUUCAAUUAACAUGCAAUACAUAUUAAAGCUUUACUAUGUAUUGCUUUCGUAAUAAUAACAAGUAAGGUAAUUGAAAGGGUACACCAUCAUGUAAGGCUUAAGUAACGUAAGAUAUAAAGCUUUCUUUUAAUCAACACGUAAACUAUUUAAAGCUUUACCAUGUUUUGCUCUCAUAAAACUUAGAAAUAAGGUAUAUGAAAGUUUAUACUGUCAUAUAAGGCAUAAAUACAACAUGAUGUAAGUUUUUCUCUUCUUCUACAAAUAAAUCAUUAUGAAAGUUUUACUUUUUACUAUG